UAUCGAUCCUUUUUUGCCAAGGAAAGAACAUCUCCUUCUCCAAUCAGAUGAACUUAGGUCACGCGCGCCGCGUGCCGAUUUCGGUAUAAUUUGUCAUAUUUUCAAAUCAACAUCCACGUCCUUAAACGAUGUUGUUCGAUCUCCCAAGAGCACUAAGGCGCUUCGAAGAGCGGUGGCAGGAGUGGAAGGCCAGCGAAAAUGAGGACCCGGAGGAAUAUGAACGCUUGAUCGAAGAUCGAGCUGAUUUGGAAAGGUACUUCUACUUCGUGUUGCUAAAAAUUAAAAUGACUAGAAGUAAAAUUAAAUGCUUGUUGUUCAGGUUUCUUACCACUCUCUUCGAAUACAACGCGUCUUUUUUUCGCAAUUUCGAUCCAGGAAAAAGACCGAUAGUUCUUCAACCAAACUUCUGCAUUCCACCAGGCAUCUCCUCCGAUGGGGGCAAGUGCAGCGAAGGCGCCAGUUGGGGAAGACCCAAGCAGGGGAGCUACAAGCUCUUCAAAAGCUUGCAUUGGUACCAAAAACCAUUGGUGCCCCACAUAAACAUCCAUUUAUGCAUCUGGAGACACCAAUGGCAUGCUUCCGCUCAGGCAGAACCAACCCGAACGCACCGGGAAAGCCGGUUAUCCGCUUGGGGGAGACGGAUUGGUAGUAAAUGACCGUGCUAGAAGAUAUCAAUAUCAUCAUGAACCCCAUUACGUCGAACGACCUUCUUGCUUUCCGUACUUCAAGCAUACGCUUCAGCUCGUGAAAUGAUCAGUGUCAUUCAUCAAACUCCGUCUUAAACACAGGUAUUCUGAAUAUCUCCUUCGCAAGCGCUAUGGUGAUGAGUUGGUCGUAGAAGAAGCCGAGGACGAGGAUGACCCUGACCUACAGGAAAACAAUUUUGUGGACGCUUCUAGCCCAGCACGUAGUCCUGGUAGGAAGAACAUGCAGCCUAGAGGUGGCGGUGGUUGUGUCCAUAUCGGGACCAAUCACAUGUAUGCUAGUGGCGUGCAGAACAAAGCGUCGCAUCUACAGCCGUUGUACGGUAAGCUCUUGGAACAACAUGCGGACGCAAUAGGGUGGAACAAGGAGAAUUACAGUGCAGAACAACCUUCUAGUGGUUCUUUAACACGUAGUAGAAGACCUGGCGAAGUUAGUGGUGGUGGUGAGUUCUACUCCUACGAAGGUGAAGAGGAUUUCGUUGACGGCGGGACUUCUUCAGUUGAGGGUGCGCGUAGUAGUGCUGCGUCUAUGAGCAGAUCCAAUUGCGAUAGGAGUCGAACGAAUUAUGACUCUCUAGCGUUAGCACACGAGCUCUUUCACCAGACUUCAUCUAGUCGGCCAAACUCCGCGCCUGCCUCUUCAGCAGCCUCAACAGUGGGUGGCCCGAAGCGACCACGAACAAACGUUUCAGGGAACGUUGUGCUCACUGUCACGAACGUGCAAGCAAGCGGUCGUGGCUCCGGGUCGUCGAGAAUAGCUGGUCGUGGUGGAAAACAGACGAUGAAGAACCAGAUGACAACCGGACCAGGAAAUCAAGGACAACCUCCUAGUCAGAAGUCUUUCUCCUCCGGUGCUAAGACAGCGUCUUCGAAGCAGGCUGCGAAGCGUGUGUGCGUAGAGUCUCCGAUUUUUACUGAGGAGUCUUUACCGGGACGGCGAAAUUACGAAAGGAAGUAUUUUCUGCGAGUCGAAUCCACGGCGACGCCUUCACCUAGCAAGAAACGAAUUCCAACCGACGCUGAGGGACCUUAUCGGCGGCUACUUGUCGGGAGAGAACCACAAGAAAGAUGGCAAGAAGAACUCAUGGGGGUCGAGAAUGGUGGUAAUGGUGGUAGUAGUAAAAUGCUAUCUGGUUCUGGUUGUAGCCGGUCUGCUGGAGUAAUUCGUGGCGAUCCUCGGAACCAAUUGUGGCGCGAGGGUUACUACGGAGCCGAUGAGUUCAGUGGGAAUUACUUUGGGAGAGUUGAGACAGAGGCUGGUCAGCGUCUUCCGCCAGGGGAAGGAGCUGGAUCAAACGAUCCUUUAGCGGGCCUUCCGAUAUCUGCAGCCGCAAGCAAAGUGGUUUUAAGUCGAGUAAAGGAACGACUGACUGAUAGUCAAGCGCAUUCGGUUAGAGAAGCGAAACCGACAUUGUAUUUUGCACAGAAAAAAAAAAGGUAGCACAACAUUUGGUGAUGAUAAAUAUUCCCAUUUCUGAUCAUGAUUCAUGAUUCGGUCCUCCUCCUCUCGUAGGUAACUACUUCUAUCGAUUCCUAUUCCUAUGUAUUUGAUUACCGUACUCCCAGCAUCCACUGAUUCUGAUGGCAGUCAGUUGAAGUCUAUUCAGCAUGUCGAUCUUUAUUUCAUUUGUUCCUUUUCAUGGCUAUGCACAGGCGUAAAGCUUAGCAUUCCUAUUCGGUGGCAACGUAAUCGAUAACGAUAUGCAUUGCGAUGUAAUAGAGGUAACCACGACGAGCCCGACACGACAAUACAUGCUUCUUCUGCAUAAGUACUAAUGACGAGUACAUACCUACUGACUGUUACUAUGUUCAUCCUGUUCGCAAAAAAAAAACAACUUCGAAGUCAGCAAUCGCAAGAAAAUGAGUUCUUUUAU